CCAUUCUCCAGGGUUGCUAAGUGAUGUGUUCCAGAGUUCUUGACUCUGAACUUCAGCUACUGCCCGCCACAGGCCCUUUUCACACCAUGGCUAACACCCGUGCUUAUGUGCAAUGCUGGAUGUGGAUUUGCCACUAUUUUGUGGGGCUGUAUCGGCGCCUGAAGAAGUUCUGGAAUGUCACCGUUAACCACUUUUUCAUGAAGGAGAAGGAGGAAGAAGAUGUUCCUUCAGUUGAGAGUAUUUUUCACAAAGAAAAAAUUGUGUUGCUUGGCCAUUUAUUAAAGAAUGAAUCUCUAGCCAUUGAGAAGAGAGCUCAAGCUGCGUAUAGAAUCGGACUUCUGGCCUUCACAGGAGGACCGACCGCUGGGAAGUUCGCCACCGAGUACAUGAAGGAAGUGGCUCACUUGUUGAGAGAUCGUGAGAUGCCGCCCAAGGCCAAGGUCUUGCUGCUGCAGAGUGUAGCCUGCUGGUGUUACUUGAACCCCGUGAGCCAGAAAAGAGCCAAACAUUUGAAGUUUAUUCCCAUCCUCACUGAGAUUUUUGAGGACAAACUCGACUCUACCGUCAAAAGUGAAAUAAACAGCAGCCUCCUGGUUAAAUUUUGGACUUGCUACGUGCUCUCCGUCAUGACGUGCAAUAACCCGUCUUGUAUGAAGGAGCUUAGAGACUACAAUACCCUGAAAUACCACUUGCAAAUACUGGCGACCGAGAACUGGGCUGGGUGGCCUGAGAAUUUCGCGGAGGUGUUGUAUUUCCUAGUUGGUUUUCACAGGAAUUAAUGUCUCUCGAGGCAGGGGCCCCGUGCAGCGGACUAGGCUGCUGCGGUAGCCUGGAAAGUGGAAAUAAAUUAAUAGAAAGUC